UUGGCCUAUUUCGAUCCACAACUGGGUAUAUAUAUUUCUUAGCGUAGAGUUUUCGAUCUAUGUUCUGACGUUUUAAACUCUGAAGAGUGUCAGACGAAAAGCUUUAGUUUACUAAAUGUUUGCUUUUUUCAAAGCUAUUUACAAGUUUUGUACCACCAAAAGAUUGUUUAUCUAUAAAGAGUUAGUAUGAAAUAAAAAUAUAUGAUACAAUAUUAAAAAGGUUUAAGGUAUAAUGUUCUAAAUAAAACCUAACCCAGCAAUAAAUUGUUUACACAAUCUACAGUCGCAUUCUAUAGGGUGUACUCUUAAUUCUUUUUUAAAUGUUGCCAAUGAUUAGGUAUCUUUGAUGCUACAGAAUUAAUUUCAAUUUUUACGAUAUCUAUACUCAAUAUUGAUUCAAGUUCAUAUCAUUUUUUAAUGGAAUUAUCAAUUUUGAAAUAUCUGUGACAUGCUUUGUUAACGGGAUUAUUUCUCCCAAAGGACUUUAACCAAAGAAAUAAUAGAUGGCAUGGGAAUUCAGCCAAUGAAGGAUUUUCAAGACCCCUAUCUUGAACGGCCUAUAACUAUGGGUGAAGUUGGCUGUUUUCUGAGUCAUUGGAAUAUAUGGAAGGAGAUCGUGGCGAACAAACUGGAAUAUGUGCUGGUUCUGGAGGACGAUGUCCGUUUUGAGCCUGACUUUGUUCGCAAAAUGAGGGAGGUUCUGCAAGAAGCAAAGGACUUACUAUGGGACGAGAAGUGGGAUUUAAUGUAA